GUGGUGGUAGUUGGUUAUCCUUCCAAUUCCAAGGGCAAGUGAUCAACUCCUGAACAGAUCUACAAUUUGGCUCUAACUUUAUAUGGUAUAUACCCGUAUUUGGGCGUUUCUGCACAUUUUUCUAGCUGCAACACAUUUUUUGCACGUUUUUAACUGUUUUCUGUGCAUUGGCACGUUUUUCUCACUGCUCCACGUGUUUUCUGCGCAUUUGCACUUUUUUUACCUUGAAAACCUUUUG